AUUUGACCUAGCCUAGCCCUUGGAUUUGUGCGAACGGGAAUGUUUAAAUUGCUGAAUAAGAUCUUAAACAUUAACAGCGUCAGCUUGCAUUCUUCCAUAAAAAUAUAUGGUAUAGUUAAAUUACCGCACCAAAGCAGGCAUUUGAGUACGAGCGGCACCAUGUUUAAGUCAGCGGUAUUCAGUCUCCAAGAUGCUUCAAAAGAUCAAGUUCAAGAGUUCUUGAAUUCUUUUGAUACGGUAUUAACUGAUUGUGACGGUGUUCUCUGGAUUGACAAUAAUGCAAUCCCUGGUGCUGCAGAUGCAAUGAAUCAUUUCCGAAAAUUGGGAAAGAAAAUAUUUUAUGUAACAAACAAUUCUACUAAAAUCCGCAGUGAGUUUGCUGCUAAAGCUACACAGUUGGGUUUCAUUGCUAAUCAGGAUGAAAUCCUCUCAACAGCAUUCUUAGUGGCUCAUUACCUGAAAGGUAUUGGCUUUACUAAAAAGGUAUAUUUACUGGGUUCCAAUGGAAUCGGAGAAGAAUUAAAAGCUGUUGGAAUUAGACAUAUUGGUGUUGGGCCUGAUCCUGUGAAACCAGAUUUUAAAAAUAUGCAGCCAUCGGAAUUAGACCCUGAAGUUGGCGCAGUAGUGGUGGGCUUUGAUGAACAUGUCAGUUACCCAAAGUUCAUGAAAGCAGCUUCCUACCUUGCAUCUGAAGAAUGUUUAUUCAUUGCAACAAAUACUGACGAAAGGUUUCCUAAGGGCGGAUCUAUUGUUGUGCCAGGAACUGGUACAUUGGUCAGGGCUGUUGAAACUUGUUCUGAAAGGAAAGCUCUGGUUCUUGGAAAGCCUCAUAGUUAUGUUAGGAAGUAUCUUGAAUCUUGUGGACUGAACCCUGCAAGGACUUUGAUGAUUGGGGACAGAUGCAAUACUGACAUCGAGCUAGGUGUGCGCUGCGGCUUCCAAACACUUUUGGUGCUGUCAGGAGUCACUUCGAACAAGGAUUUAGAAAAACUGCGCAAUGAAAAGACUCCGCCGCUACCUGACGUCGUCUUGCCGAAGUUAGGGGAUCUACUCCCUCUACUACUGUCAUAGUACAAGUACAAUAUCUAGACUAGACAAAAUGGUAGACAAAGUAGAAUGUUCAAUGCAUAGGUCAAUUCUAAACCAAGGGUAGUUAUUCAUAAGCAGUGUACUCACACAUGUAUUAUUAAGUUACAAUAUAUUAUUCAAAAUAGAAAAUGCAUUACUUAGAUAAGUAAAAUGUUUAGCCAGCACAAUCUGACAUGUGGUAUUUUAUUAAUUAACUAGCUUGACUUAUGUUGUUACCAGUGCGCUUACUGUGUUUUAUUAAACUGUGAUUUUUUUACAUAGAUAUAGGAAAUUUUGUAUGCAGAGCAAUAUUAUGUAAUAUGGCGCCCACCUUCCUGGAAUUUUAUUUUUUUUAUGUUAUAUAUAAUGUUCAGUGUUUAACUAUCAUUUUCAAUGUCUACCUCACCUGAACUCCAUGAAACACUAUAUUAUACACAAACCAUCUACGACAUGAGUAGGUAUCCCUCGUAUUUUUAAUGCACAUGUAGUAAUCACAACUGAAAUGUAACUUAUAGUAUUUUUGGUUCAUUCUAUACUUGUAUUAUUUAUAUUUUUGUGUACUGGUUAGAAAAAAAAAAGGAUCCCAAUCGGUCAAUUAGUAUAAAAAAUAACGUACACAUGCAGCAACAAAAAGGGUCAAAAAAAGAAGUUCCAGCUUUAACCUUGGACUGUGAAAAGGCUUUCAUUUGUGAUAUAUAAUAUUCUUACAAGUCCAACAGUAUGUGUUAUCUAUGCAGCUCAGAAGGAACUCUAUUUGCCAUAACUCUAUCUUUCAUAUCGCCGUUCACUUCUUUGUAGUUGUGAUAGAUACCUAUAAAGCUUUUUAAGUUUCUACACUUCAAUCGAACCCGCCACGUCGACGAUGCUUUAUUGAUUUAUCUUGAUACUGUGAUGCAUUAAUUAACCUGCAGAAAUGUAACAUUAUUUAUCCAUAAGAUAUUUUGUAACCACCCAUUAUGUAGGUUUUUUUUAAUACGCACUUUUUAAACGUUUCCGAAGAAUGCUAAUUUAAUUUGUUUUUGUUCCAAAAACAAAGGAUAGUGUCAAAAUCCUAAAAUGAAAUACCUUCCUAUAUAAUAUGUAUAUUCAUGUAUAAAGAUAUGUAUAUUAAAAUGAAUAAGGGCCUAACUGUAAAAUUUGAAAAAAAAUAUGGCAAUAAAUCAGACUAUUUUAGGUCAUCGGACUACUGUUAUUUAAUUUAUUACAUAGGUAUAUUAUUUAUCAUUUAACAUUGCUUUGUUGACUCUAUCACUGUAUGUGUUCAUUCGUGUACAGAAGUAAAUUCAUAUUUUAUUACAGUUGUGAAGUAUAUAAUGUACAGUGUUGCUUUUAAUAAAAGAUUUACAUCGUU